CCUAGCCUUUAACAUUUUCGCUGCAGCAUAAUCUUGUUUCAUGGCUAUUUUUAGUGAUGUUUAGCUCUAAGGAGAGCUUGGCAACAAAAACUGGUGAAUUUGGUGUCGGCAGAUGCGAUUACUUGGCUCAACUGGUCAGAGAAUUUCACGAAACCCGCUCCCAAGAGGCAAAGAGGCAGAUCCUGGCAAAUUUGGCUAAUUUUGCGUACGACCCAAUAAAUUUCGAAUUCCUGCGUCUUCAUCGUGUGAUUGAUUUGUUCAUUGAUACUCUGCCAGACGAAGACGAAAGCCUUGCAGAAUUUGCUGUCGGAGGUCUUUGCAACCUUUGCGUCGACCCACAGAAUCAAGAAUAUAUCUUGCAAAACAACGGCAUUCAUAGGCUGCAAGAUCUGCUGCAGUCGAAAAACCAGGAAAUCGUUUGCAGCACAAUAACAACACUAAUUUACCUGAAAACACCUAGCUCACUAAAAGAUUUGCAGGCGAAGCCUCUUAUAAACAGACUCUCCGACCUAGUUGGAUGCCCAAAUAAGAGAAUUUCCAAUUUGGCACAUCUCUUUUUAUCUGAAGUAAGACAAAAUGCCGCAAGUUGCUCCGCUGCUGAGACUGUUGUCGCCGCGCCGCCUGAUUCUAUUAGCCAAAGACUGUGUUCUGCUCAUCAAAUCGGUGACAAGGCCUCAUUUACAAGAACAAUCACCAUGGAGGACGUGGAGAAUUUCACCCUCUUGUCUGGCGAUUCAAAUCCAGUGCACCAAGGACCAAAUGCGGUAGUGCAUGGAGCUUUCCUUAACUCACUUGUGUCCUGCAUAAUGGGCACCAAAGUGCCUGGGCCAGGUAGCAUGGUGGCCAGCCAGAACAUUAAAUACCCCAAUCCUUGUCACGUUGGGGAGUUUAUCGAAGUCAGUGUGAUCCUAACUGGCAUGAAGAUGGAUUUGAUCAAGUGCAGGUACACAGUAAUGGCAAAGCCAAACAAGGACAGUACCUUAGCUGAAUCGAGACUUGUUUUGUCUGGAGAUGCGAAUUUAAUCAAAAUUGAAGAUCAGAAAAAACGCGCAAAAAAGAAAUAAAUUAGUUAUUAAUAAUACAAA